AGGCCUCGGCUGGAGUCGUGGGGCAGGGAAAGCACGCGCGAGCGGCCUGGGCUUCGAGAAAGGAAUCCCCUUCCCCCUCAGCGAGAGCGGUGUGGCCGGAGGCUGGCCUGGCCCCACAGGUUUCAGCACGGUUUCUGGGAACCACACACGAAAAACCCUCCAGAAUUUACAAGUUUGCAGACUGUGCAUUUCCUCUGUGGCCCGUGAAAAUCUUUAAGAAUUAGAAAUGGCUUCCAAAAGAGCUCUGGUCAUCCUGGCCAAAGGUGCAGAGGAGAUGGAGACGGUGAUUCCCGUGGAUGUCAUGCGACGAGCUGGGAUUAAAGUCACUAUUGCAGGCCUGGCUGGGAAAGACCCCGUGCAGUGUAGCCGUGAUGUAAUGAUUUGUCCUGACACCAGUCUUGAAGAUGCAAAAAAGCAGGGACCAUACGACGUGGUGGUUCUUCCAGGAGGCAAUCUGGGUGCACAGAAUUUAUCUGAGUCAGCUGUGGUGAAGGAGAUCUUGAAGGAGCAGGAAAGCAGGAAGGGCCUCAUAGCUGCCAUCUGUGCAGGUCCUACCGCUCUGUUGGCUCAUGAAAUCGGUUUUGGAAGCAAGGUCACAACACACCCAGGGGCUAAGGACAAAAUGAUAAAUGGUGGUCACUACAGCUACACAGAAAGCCGUGUGGAAAGGGAUGGCCUGAUCCUCACCAGCCAAGGGCCUGGGACCAGCUUCGAGUUUGCGCUGGCCAUUGUGGAGGCACUCAGUGGCAAGGAGAUGGCUGACAAAGUGAAGGCACCGCUUCUCCUCAAGGACUAGAGCCCAAACCCUGGAUCCCAAGAUUGAGGCAGGCCAUUGGAAGCCAGUCCCCUAUGCUAGGCCCACGGGUGUGUCUAGAAGCCAGGGAAUCUCUGGAAGUAGCCACCACACAGGUCUCACCCUGAAGCCUGGGUCUGCACAUUUCUGAACGUUGCUAGUAGAAUAAACAAUUUACCAGCUCCUGGCA